AUGGACGUCCGCCAAGUCCCAGUCGUCGACAUCGCCGCCCUCAUGGCGUUCCGCUCGGACGUCGAAGUGGACGCCGCGCUGCGUGACGCUAGCGACGCGGCGCUCUGCAAGACGAUCGAGGAGGUCCGCGCGGCCGCGAGCGAGUGGGGCUUCUUCUACAUCGCCAGCCACGGCCUGCCCGAGCAGGAGGUGGACAGCUUCCAGGCCGCCAUGCGCUCCUUCUUCAACCUCCCGGCAGAGGCCAAGCGCUCGAUCCGUCGCAGCGCCAGCAACUCGCGCGGCUACUUCGACGACGAGCUGACCAAGAACAAGACGGACUGGAAGGAGUGCCUCGACUUCGCCGGCGUGGACGAGGACGGCCCGGCCAAUGACAAGCACGAGCGUCUCGGCGACGACCGGAACCAAUGGCUCGAGGAGGAUGUUCUACCUGGCUUCCGCCAGGAGAUGGUAGAAUACUACGGAAAGAUGGAAUACAUUUCGCGUCGGCUGCUGAAGGUGUUCGCGGUUGCGUUGGGCGAGGAGCCGGCCUUCUUCGACCAGUUCUUCCACGGCGACAACUCGAGCUUCCUGAGGCUCAACCACUUCCCCGUGGCCCCCGAGCCGGAGAAGACCAUGGGAGUCUACCACCACACGGACGCCGGCGCGCUGACGUUGCUGCUGCAGGACGACGAGGUGGCCUCGCUGCAGGCGUUCCACCGCGACUCGCAGACGUGGACGCUCGUGCCGCCUCGCAAGGGCACGUUCACCAUCAACAUCGGCGACAUGGUGCAGGUCUGGUCUAACGACAAGUUCGUGGCGCCGCUGCACCGCGUGCUGGCCAGCGGCGGCGCCGACCGCUUCUCCGCCCCCUUCUUCUACAACCCGUCGUACAAGGCGCAGAUCGAGCCCAUCGUGGUGAAGGAGGGCGAGGAGGCCAACUACCGCCCGCUGAGCUGGCGCGAGUUCCGCCUCGCGCGCUUCAAGGGCGACUACGCCGACAGCGGCAAGGAGAUUCAGAUCGGAGACUUCAAGAUCCACGGACCCAUCGACGUCGCCAACUCGUAG